CGCACAUCGUAGGAUCCUACCAACGUGAAGAAGGCGCAAGGCGGCAGGGACGGCGAGCAGCAGCCUCAGAGAGCGAGAGAGAGAGAGAGAAAGAGGAGAGGAGAGAAGAGAAGAGUGGACGCCUUUGUGCAGCAGGCUGCCGACUUUCUACUACAAAAGUGAGGAGAGAGGAGGAGAGAGCAGAGGGAAGCGGAGGGGAUCGUGCGCCCCGGUCGUCUCCUGUUGGGAACAGAUUGAGUGGAUUGUGCUCCGAGAUGGAUGUGAAUCCACUCCUGUAUCGCAGACUGGACCGGACUUCGGGCUGCUGCUGCUGGUGAGGAGCAGGAGAGGAAGAAGAGGAGGAAUCCUACUUUAAACCCUGCUGCUCUUUUUUUUUUCUUUCCUUUUUUUUUUUUUUUUAUAAAAUGUCUACAUUUCGCGCAUCGCACUCAGUCCAGUUCAAGCCGGGCUGCUCAUCUGGAAGGACGCCAGACCUCCAGCCUCUCAGAUCCGCAAGUUCACUCCAAUAAAUUGUGACAUUAUCUGUCAGCCUCGGAAUAAAACAAAUCGACACUCAAGAAGGGGGGAUAAAAAAGGGGGGUGGGGGGGUUGGGACUCGGUAUUCUCCCGGAAUUUUAACGACCCGUUUUCCCCGGCGAGCCUUCAUCAAUAUGCGGUCAGGUUGGAUCAGCUCGGUUCGGUCCAGGUUCACGCGUUUCCAGCUGGAGCGGCGCUGAUAGUGACUGCUUAUUUGCUGUUUUGGGUUUUUGUUCUUUUUGUUUUUUUUUUUUGUUUAGUUCGUCCAUGCAAGACUCGGGGUGGAAACAUGUCUGGCCACUUCUUUGAGAGGAUCACUGCUAUCAGAGAUGGCAUUUUGGUCCAGCACUUCGGUUUUCACCUCUAAAGUGCCCCGGAAAAUCUUAUUCAUGUUCACCCUCUCCCUCUCUGUCACAUACUUGUUCUACAGCUUGAUGAGCUGCUACAACUCGCUGCAGUUCCCCCUGCAAGAGAACUACGCGUACCAGGGGAGGCUGGUGACGGAGGAGACAACUUUUGUGACAUUGAGGGAGAAACUUUACUCCGCUUCGCAGGGCGAAUUCACGGAGGCCGAGAGGACCACCGCGGUCUCCACCGUGAAGGAUCAUGCCGAGGCCGAGCAGAGGACGGUGGAGUGGAUUAGGACGCAGGCGGCUCCGACCAGAUCGGCGACGGCGGCGGCGGCGGCGGCGUACCGAACCACCGCGCUGGAGAGGGAGCACCAGGAGUUCAGCACCACGGACAGCGAGCUCAGGGUGAACUGCACCAUGGAUUACGGAGAGAAGAAACUUCCCCAAGCCAUCAUCAUCGGGGUGAAGAAAGGGGGGACCAGAGCCCUGCUGGAGGCGCUCAGGGUGCACCCGGACGUCAGAGCCGUGGGGAACGAGCCCCAUUUCUUUGACAGGAACUACGAGAGGGGGCUGGACUGGUACCGAGACCUGAUGCCUUCGACGCUGGAGGGGCAGAUCACCAUGGAGAAGACGCCCAGCUACUUUGUGACUAACCAUGCCCCGAAGCGCAUCCACUCCAUGGCCAGGGACAUCAAGCUUAUUAUCGUGGUGCGUAAUCCUGUCACCAGAGCCAUUUCAGACUACACGCAGACUUUAUCCAAGAAACCCGAGAUCCCCACCUUUGAGGUUCUGGCUUUUAAGAACCGGACGCUGGGGCUCAUAGACGCCUCGUGGAGCGCGCUGCGUAUCGGAAUAUAUGCGCUCCACCUGGAGAGCUGGAUGCAGUACUUCCCCCUUUCGCAGAUGCACUUCGUCAGCGGAGAGAGGCUCAUCGUGGAUCCCGCCGGUGAGAUGGCCAAAGUGCAGGACUUCCUGGGGCUCAAGCGGAUCGUCACAGACAAACACUUUUACUUCAACAAAACUAAAGGAUUUCCGUGUCUGAAGAAGCCCGAGGACAGCAGCACUCCCAGGUGCCUCGGCAAGUCCAAAGGGAGAACUCACCCCAAAAUAGACCCGGACGUGAUUCGGCGGCUGCACAAGUUCUACAAACCCUUUAACAUGAUGUUCUACCAAAUGACCGGCCAGAACUUUGAGUGGGAGCUGGAGGAGGACAGUGUAACCCGUAGCUCUCAGGACUAGUAGACUGCGGCACGGCGCGGCGCAGCCACACCACCAGCCUUCUCGAUGGAACUACUUACUGUCUACCGCUUUCGUCUUCAGAGCGAGCGCUUGAGCACGCCAGUCAAUCAUGGCCGUCUUUGCAGUGUCUGUAUCCAUUAGCAAGAGUUUACUGACAUGCUUUUUUUCUCUCUCUCUCCCCCCUUCAAUACUAAUGUUGUUGAUGAUGGCAAGUCAUUAUUGUAUAUACUAAACAUAAAAAUAUAUUUAUAUUUGUGAAAAGGAGAUGAUUUAUUCCAUUUUGUUUUCAAAGCAUAGAGCUGAUAUAAAAAAAAAAUAUCAUGUUGACUAUGGCAAUGCAUGCGAUGAGUUAAGUGUCCUUACCUCAUGAGCCCUAAGGGUAAACUCUGCCUGUUUCUUCUCCCUUUACUUUCCUGCCGUUUGUUGCCCUCACUCCCACUCACCAGCAUCCGGAACGAGAAGAAGAUAUUCUGUUUCAGUGGCUAAGGCCGCGCGGCGCUCUGUAUUAUGUCUUUUCUCACACGCUGUCCCGCUGCUUUACAAGAAAAGACAAAAACGAGAAAAUGAAAUGAUAGACACGCAGUAUAGUAGAGUAAUCCUUCGACAUGUGCUCAUCCUUUUUCAGUUGUCCGUAUUCUGAGUGGAGACAAUCCUUUUUUUUUCUUUUUCUUUUUUGUUUCUGUCAGUCUAAGUUUACCAAAGUGUUCAUUUACUCAGUGUCAGUAUUCUAGUUGCUCUGCGCUCAUUAAUUGCACACGCAUUCAAUAAGGGAGCUGACGUACGGUGGCCAUCAUUCAAUAAUUGGAUUGUUUCACUGCAUAGCUGGACAUUAGCAUACUGAUGACCACACACUCAGAUGUGCUGCAGUAUCAGUGGUUUUUUGGCAUAAUUUGACUACUGAAUCCGUGUAACAAAUAUCAAAGGUGAGCCGCCGAUCAAACAAUCCUGCUUCUUGACAAAAAAAGAAAAAAAAAAAAAACUUUUCCUGUCGCCAAAAUCAUAUGAGUUAACUCUUGCAGAGCGCCUUUUGUUAUCCCCCCCCCCCCGGGGACCCCCUUCUAGUCACAGUAAUACAUGUCAACGAGGGUGAAGAACAAACAGCGGAAAGGACCGAGCAGGAGUUUGUUAACAAACAUCUGCUGCGGCGGCACGGUCUUCUGUCGUUGGGAGAUUAAUGGCGUGUUAAAUAAGUCGCCGCCGCUGCAACAAUGUCAAUGUCAGAGAGGGUUUGCUGUCAAGGAAAAAAAGCUACAUACGUGCCCAGGUAAACUACCAAGCCAUUACUGUGUGUUCUUAACUUGAAUGUGAUGAUGAUGUGUGUGCCAGGGAAAUGUGCUGUAACCAGAGGUUUAUACUACCAAACACUUGUGAUGAGCGGGACUGAGCCGGCUUGUGUUGAACAUAACAGGGUUGUGUUUUUCUUUGCUGUGAAAUGCUCCUUUACAUGACCCAUCAUCUUUCUCUUCCAUUGUUCUUAUUUAUUUUUUAUUUAAUUUUAUUUUGCAUAACUCGCUGUGCGUCUGUCUGUUGUCUCUGGACUUUUCAUCAAUUGAGACAAUCAAUACAGUCAAUGAGUCA